CACCUCGACACGAGACCCCUUCUUCUUCCUCUCCUCCUUCCCGGCUGCUGCCGUCUUUUCUUUUUUCCUACCUUCUUCUUUCUUCCCUGGCACUGUGGUGCUCGUGUCGCCGUCGCGUCGCCUGCUCAUGUGUUCUCCGGCCGGCGGCCUCCUUUUCCACACCGGCAGCGCCAAUAGGCCAGGAUAGCCGCUGGACCCGCACGCCAACCACAGAAAUCUACUUGUAAUUGAAGUCCCAACCACCUUCAUCCUCUUCCUUCCCCUCCUCCCCACAGCUUCAGAGCUAGCUGCUGCUAAUUCCCUUGCAAUCCGCUCGCUCCCCUGCUUCGCCACCGAUCGAUCUAGCUCGUCCCAGAACAACGGAAGCGUACGUACAGCAACGACGACCUGCUAGCCAGAGCUAGCUAGCUGCUUUAAUUCUUCCUCAGACUGAAAUUUUCCUGAAGAUUCCUGUGCUGCAUGUUGAAUUCCACACGACUACCAUAACAAGUGAGGAUAUGAGUUGGUGUUGUCUUCCUAGAACCAAGAAACAAGAGAAUGCUUACUUCAACAGCAUAGGCGGUAUUUAUUCUGAGAAGAACAUAAGGCUCUUCUCCUAUGCUGAGUUAAGAUCUGCCACAGAUAACUUCAAUCGCACAAACAAAGUAGGUCGAGGUGGCUUUGGGACAGUUUAUAAGGGAACCAUUCGAAAUGGGCAAGAGGUUGCGGUGAAAGUUCUUUCUGCUGAAUCCAGGCAGGGCAUUAGAGAAUUCUUGACAGAAAUUGAUGUCAUUAGCAACGUGAAGCAUCCCAACCUGGUUGAAUUAAUUGGUUGUUGCGUUGAAGGAAAUAACCGAAUUUUGGUGUAUGAGUAUCUUAAGAACAGCAGUCUUGACCGUGCACUGUUGGGUUCUAACAGUGUGCCUGCUGACUUUACCUGGAGCAUAAGAUCUGCUAUAUGUCUUGGAGUUGCUCGAGGUCUUGCAUACCUGCACGAAGAGAUUGCAUCACCGAUUGUACAUAGAGAUAUCAAGGCUAGCAAUAUACUUCUCGAUAAAAAUUACAGCCCCAAGAUCGGGGACUUUGGUCUGGCCAAGCUAUUUCCUGAUAAUGUCACCCACAUCAGCACCCGGGUAGCUGGAACAACAGGCUACCUUGCACCUGAAUACGCAUGGCACGGCCAGUUAACGAAGAAAGCAGAUAUAUACAGCUUUGGGGUCCUUGUGCUGGAGAUAGUAAGCGGCACAAGUAGUUCCAGGAGCAUACUAGCAGAUGACAAGAUUCUUCUGGAGAAGACCUGGGAGCUGUACGAAGCCAAAAAGCUCAAGGAACUGAUCGACCCAACCCUCGGAGACUACCCUGAAGAAGAAGUCAUCCGGUACAUCAAGGUGGCCCUUUUCUGCAUACAGGCAGCUGCGGCGCGGCGGCCGUCGAUGCUGCAGGUCGUGACCAUGCUGUCCAAGCCGAUCCGGAUCAAUGAGAAGGAGCUGACGGCGCCGGCGUACAUGCACGAGUACAGGAGCAAUGUGUCCAAGGCGAGCACGUCGAGCAACUCAAAGUCCAAGCACUUGGCGUCAGAGGACUCCAACAUGUUCAGCACGGUUGUUCCUCCAACAGUGACUGAGAUGAGCCCCAGGUGAAGGAAUGAAUCAGCACCAGCAGAUGUAAUCUUUGCGUUGUGAACUGGCGAUGUACUGAUGUACAGUGGCUGACCGACCUGACGGCAUAAUAGAGUGCGUGUGCGUAUGUGUUGGUGUGUGGUUUUUUUCCAACUGCAAAUGCGGCAACUAGAUCUUGUACAUAUAGAUUAGGGAUUCAUGCCAGAGCAAUGCAAGAUUGUUGCUCAUUCCACA